AUGACCAAUAAUUCUUCAUCAUCAGUGACGAUUCAAUUACCAGUCGGUGGUGAUUCUUCCUCCACUACUACUACUUCAUCAAUGAAUGUUGUUGAUAUUGUUCCAAAAUUCUCAACUCCUCCACCACAACUUAGUUCAACAGGUGCACCACCAGAUUCCUUCCAAUCGGCCGAACAAGAAUUUUCCAAUACAUAUGAUAUUAUUUUGGGCACAUCUCUGGUAGCCUCCUUCUCCUUGUAUAGAGUUUUUAAUUUCCUCUACCGUGCUGUUACUUUCCAAGUUGUUCUUGAACCAACAGAAGCAACAAAUGAAAAGGAGGAACCAACAAUAACUAAUCAUCUUCAAGGAUUUAGAAAACUCUUCUCUAAUGAAGGAAUUUCUGGUUUCUUCCGUGGAUUUCCAGCAAGAAUGUUGAAGAAAUUCUUCCAUUCCUAUGUUGUUCGUAAUGUUUUAGUUUCUGUAGAUUUGAGAAGAGAAUUCUUGUUGGCCAAGAGAGGAGAUUUAAUUACACAACGAACAAUUCCUUCCUAUCAAUUGAUUUAUCAAGGAACUUCACUUUUAGGAGAUAUAUUUUCUUAUCCUUGGGAUACUGUGUUUGUGAGAAUGCAAGCUUCUCGUUCUCAUCGUAUUGCUCAUCCAACUUUAAGAGAUCCAACUGGUUCAAUUGAUUGUAUGAAUAAGAUUAUUAGAAAGGAAGGUUUUAGAGCUUUAUAUCGUGGUUGGUAUUUGAAGUUAAUUCAAAGAGUUGUUCGUUUUGCUUCAUUGGCUGGUUCAUAUCGUUGUCUUCAACUCUUCUUUGGAUUAUUUGGAUUGGGAGAUGAUUCUGUUGCUGAUGGAUCUGAUCAAGCUGAAGAAAUUCUUGAUUCAAUCAUGUUUAUUAUGGCUGAAUUGGUUUCUAGGUUCACUGUUCAACCAUUAAAGAUUUUGAGACGUAGAUUGCAGUAUGGUGUCUUGUCAGAAGAUGAACAAAGUGUUGAACGUGUCAAUAUUGUCAAGUGUGCUAAGGAAAUUUAUGAUAAGGAAGGUUGGUUAGGUUUUUAUAAGGGAAGUGUUUACCAAUAUUCUCUUGGUGCUAUUUUCAAUAAAUAA